AUGGCGGGGGACGACGUGAUAGUGAUUGACUCGGAGGAGAGCAUGGGGGAGGGCGAGGGGAGGGAGGGAGGAAGUGGGAGGGGGAGAGAGUCGCGCGAUGGCAAGAGCAUGAGGGACAGGGAGAGGAACGAAGAGGGCGAGCAGGGGAAGACCAGAUCAAAGGCCUUGAGGAAUAGAAGGAGCAGCGGUAGAUCGGAAAGUGCCUUUGCCAGGGCAGACCUUGCCUUCUCGUGCCCGAUCUGUGGCCAUGGCUUUCAUGCCGAAAGGGAGGUCACGAUGCACGUGGAAUGGUGCGCGGCAAAGGAGGAUCGGAAGAGCGAGGAGGGAGGGCAGGCUAAGCGACAGACUCCUGCCGAGCAAAGGGAUGGGAACGAAGAGAAGUCAACUGAGCAGUCAAGCGCCCGGAGAGAACUGAGUGAGAUUAGGCCUUCUAGCCUGAAUGCUGAGAAGGAGGGAAGAGCGAGAAAGGAUGAGAGGUCUGGGGUCUCUCUCUCUGAAGCAGGUGGAGUCUUCGAGGGGAAGGAUUACAAGGUCGAAAAGAACAAGUCGAGGAUGGAGAAGCUGAAGCUGAAGAAGAGGAAGGGUGACAACAAAACUUCACUAGAGGAUCCUCCUGACAAGUCCUCUCCUGCUGCACAAGAGUCGACCUUGCCUCACUUGAAAGUUACUUCCUUCUUCACCUCCGCCUGCCGCCAGGAGGUCGAGCGACAGGGAGAGAGCAGCGAAGAGCAGAUAUUGGAGAGGAUGGCAGCGCAAGGAUGCUACAGAGUCCCUGAUGAAGUGAGAGUGACUUGCAUCAGGUCCGUCAAGGCGAAGAUCAAACAAUCCUCCUCCAGUUUCGCUCUCCCGGAGCAGCAAACCGGCAAGGCUGUACAGCUUCCAACUUUCACCAACUUCUGGGCAGAGCAGGUGCUGACAAGGAAGAUCGUCUUUCACGAGUUCCCCAGGUGA